AUGGGAAAACACAUCUUGCUGCUCCUACUGGGCCUCUACUUGCUGGUGAACUCCCUGCAAGCUUUGACAUGUUUCAAGUGUGCUAGGCUCAAUUCUGAGAGGAUUUGUGAGAAAGAAGAAGGUUGCUGUCAGGCUAAGCCUGGUGAGAAGUGCGCCUCACUCCUAGUGCUCCAAGAUGGCAAAAUCCAGUUUGGAGUCCAGAGAUGUGCUAUCACUUGCUUCAAUGGGAGUGUUGUGAAUGGAAAUAAGACAAUGGAAAUGAACUGUUGCAAUGACAAAUCUUACUGCAAUAGCCUGUAA